UACGAACUACGAAGUUCUCUGUUUCUAGGGUUUCACAAGAGGAUGAACUCCUUACAUUGAUUGCACAAAUUCAAAGUCAACAAAAUUUUUCUAUUUCUAUUAUUUCUUUCCCAUGACAACAACAACAACAACAAUGUCUGGUACUUAGUGGAUUCAUUGGAUUCCUGAAAUCGUUAAACCUCGAACUUUCAAUUUUUCUACUUUGGAAACUCACUCAGAACUCGGAACUCGGAACUCGGAACUCAGAACUCAGAACUCAGAACUCAAAACCGAAUCAAAGUUUCUUGAUGGAGAGGUCUAGAUCUAAGAGGAACUACUACUAUGACCAAGACUAUGAUUCUGAGACAUUGCCUAGGACAAGGCCUCGCUAUAAUAAUCACCACUAUAACACCAGCUCCCACCGUCAUCGCGGCGGAGGCGGAGGUGGUGGCGGUGGUGGCGGCCGGUACCCUAAGACGCAGGACUCGCCAUUAACGGUGACAACUAGUUACCGCAUUCUGUGCCACGACAUGAAGGCCGGCGGCGUGAUUGGAAAGUCCGGCAGCAUUAUAAAGUCCAUUAGGCAGCACACCGGCGCGUGGAUCAACGUGCACGAGCUGAUCCCCUGCGACGAGGAGCGAAUCAUCGAGAUUUCCGACACGCGCCGCCGGGACCCGGAGGGAAGAAUGCCGUCAUUCUCGCCGGCGCAGGAGGCGCUGCUGCUGAUCCAUGAGAGGAUUCUCGAGAGCGACGCGGCUUUCGGGGUCGGGGAGGAGGAGGAUGAGUAUGGCGGUGGCGGUGGAGGUGGCAGAGGUGGUGGGGGCAACCGUGUGGCGACGAGGUUGGUGGUUUCGAGAAUGCAUGUUGGGUGUUUGUUGGGGAAAGGAGGGAAGAUUAUAGAACAAAUGAGGAUGGAAACAAAGACCCAAAUUAGGAUACUACCUAGAGAUCACAAUCUACCUCGUUGUGUUUCCAUGUCAGAAGAGAUUGUUCAGGUUGUAGGUGAUAUAAAUGCUGUAAAGAAUGCUCUUGUAGUUAUAUCAUCACGGUUGAGGGAGAGCCAGCACCGUGACCGCGGUCAUUUCCAUGGACGUGUACAUUCACCAGAUCGUUUUUUCUCUCCUGAUGAUGAUUAUGUUCCUCAUGUAACUAGUGGAUCUCGUAGGUCGUCUGUGGAUGGGACCGCAUUUGGAUCACGGGGAUCUACCAUCAAUACAAGAAACAAUAAUCACCCCUCAUUAGGUUAUGCAAUGGAGCCAGGGGCUGCCCCCAUGGCUGACGAUGCGCAGCCCUUCUAUGGCGAGGACCUUGUUUUCCGUAUACUUUGUCCAGUUGAGAAAGUUGAUCUUAUUGUUGGGGAAUCUGAUGGAAUUGUAGAGUUCCUUCAGAAUGAAGUUGGCGUAGAUGUAAAGGUCACUGAUCCUGUUGGUGGUUCAGAUGAACAGAUAAUUAUCAUUACUUCAGAGGAGGGUCCUGAUGAUGAGCUGUUCCCAGCUCAAGAAGCUUUGCUACAUAUACAAACUCGCAUUGUCGAUCUUGUUCUAGAUAAGGACAAUACUAUAACCACCAGGCUUGUUGUCCCAUCCAGCGAUAUCGAUUGCUUAGAUGGAAAAGACACAUCACUAUUGGAAAUAAAGAGGUUGACUGGUGCUAAUAUUCAAAUUUUGCCUAGAGAAGAACUACCUCUCUGUGUUGCAAAAACUGAUGAGCUGGUACAGAUUGUGGGAGAGAUAAAAGCAGCCCGAGAUGCUGUUGUUGAGGUGACAUCAAGAUUAAGAAGUUACUUGUAUAGGGAUUUCUUUCAAAGGGACACAAUACCACCAUCAACCCCCUUACUUGCUGUGGAGGCAUCUUCUUCCAAUAAUAUAGCUCCAGUUACUGAAACUCCCACAACCAAUCAGAAUGUGCAAACUGCGGUAGCAGCCCUUCCAUCAAAGGAAACUGGAGGAUCUAGCACUGAUACAGGAAAGCUGAAAGAAAGUGACCGCCGCGAUGAUGUGCUUAGUGGUCUAAAUAGGAUUGCUGUACCUCUUGUCACAAGGAGUACACUUGAAGUUGUUAUACCAGAGUAUGCAGUUCCAAAGCUUAUAGCAAAAUCCAAAAGCAAGCUUGCACAGAUAAGUGAGUUAUCGGGAGCCAAUGUAACGCUUGUAGAAGAUAGACCAGAUGUGACACCCAAGAUUAUUCAGAUAUCUGGUACUCCGGAGCAGGCAGAGAGAGCCCAGAGCUUGCUCCAGGGAUUUAUUUUGAGCACACAAGAAGAUGGACCUUAAGUUAUGGACAUACCAAAAGCCGGUUAGACUAAAGGAUAGUGCCAGGGGCAUUUAGUUCCAUGCAAUGAUUGGUUUUCCAUUAUGUCUGCAAGAUUGCUGGAGUUGGAAUUUUCAAUGUGAGAGAAGGCAUUCCACUGUAAGUGCUGUACUAAGAAAGCUUCUUUGUUAGUUUUGUUAGUAUUUUCAGCAAGUGAAGGGGAGCAUGUAUUGGCUACCCUGGAUGGUGUUUUCAUGGUUGACCAGUAUUAAUUCAUGAGUAAGUAAUCAAAAGCUUUU